AUGUGGAAAUGGAAUGUAUUUCUAGUUUUAAUAACGUGUUUCAGACCAGCCCCAAUAUUGGGUUACGCGAAGAAAUCCAAUCCACACGGUAGUUAUCCUAAAACCAUGCUGCUUCCAGACAAACUCACUGGUUUAGAAAAGACACACCCACAUCGUGUCACCAAGAGAGCAACCUGUGGUCAGAUUCUGACGAGUUCAACAGGGACGGUAACUUCACCGAAUUAUCCUAGCAAUUACCCAAGUAACAGCAACUGUGUGACAACAAUUCAAGCACCUACAAAUAAAAUUAUAGAGAUUACACUUACGGAUGUGAAAAUCGAGAUAGAAUCGUAUACGUCUUCGGGUGAUCCUGAUCAUCCAGCUGGAAUAAGAUGUCUCUGGGAUUACGUAGAGUUUGAGGACGUCGGCAUUGCAAGAACCAAAUACUGUGGAGAGUUUUCAGGAAGGGUAUGGACGUCGUUCGACAGCAAGGUCAACGUUCUUUUCUUUUCUGACGAUUCCGCCCAGUACAGGGGGUUUGCGGCAAGCUACACUUUCCUUGACAAACCAACAGAUCCACUGAUGUUCGACUUCGGGGUGUCAACCGCUGAUAUUGAAUUCCCACCAGCGGAUGAUGGGAGCGUCGUAUUGAAUGGAAUAUCCUAUACAUUCUUCGGUACAUCACACAGUCAACUCUGGGUAAACACAAAUGGAGUCUUAUCAUUCGAUGACGAAGAGUUGUCGUACAGUCCGCUACCUAUUCCCCACGGAACAAACCAUUUACUUGCACCAUAUUGGGCUGAUGUUGACGUGCGCAGUGGAGGGCAGCUGUUUUACCGACAGACAACGGAUACGGCCACUCUGGACAAAGCAGACACAAUUAUAUCGUCGGCCUUCGGAAUUAAUUUCCAGUCGACAUCAGCCAUAGUUAUCACGUGGUAUGACGUUGCAUUCUUUGCAACAUCUGCAAUAGGGCAGAAAUCGCGUAAUACGUUUCAAGCUGUUUUAGUGACUGAUAGCAACGGAUGUGGCCACGUCAUCUUCAAUUACGCUGACAUCACGUGGACUACGGGAGCCUCAGUCGAUGCAGGAGGUGAUGUUAACACUGGACUUGGUGGCAUUGCAGCUCAGGUUUGCACAGCUUAAGUUCACAAAUACAUUAAAUAAAAAAACCAUAUAUACGAAUAACGC